UUCGGGGCCGAUCCCAGGUGAGCAUCGCCUCCUCUCGGACCCAUACAGACCUGUCCCCACAUUGGGCCCAGGCAUGACCUCCCGCCCUGCGCUCAGCACCCUCCUGGUCCUUUUUUAUGGGAACUCCAGAACUUUCUCGCUCUCUCCCGAUACUUACCUACUUCCACCCUGCCCGGUAUGAAAGACCUGCUUCCGUACACCUCUCCACUUCCUCGAAUUUAGGUCCAUAACUGCUUCCCCUCCCUGUCCUCUGGCUCCCCACCUCACUCUCAGACCUGUGUCCUCACCUCCGCGACCUGCUUGCUCCCUUGCCCCGACCUCCCGACUACACCUUGCGCCCCAGAACCCGACUUAGCGUCCCUGGCUUUGCUGCUGUCCUCUGUGCCCUCACCCGCAGUGCCCCGGGGUCAGAAGGAAGAGCAUCGCGAGGCGGGCAUGGAGCUCGGCCAGAGGAAGAAGCUGUCUUCCACUUCGUCGGAUGGAGACUGCAAAGAAGAAAAUAAACUAAAACAAGGAAUUUUCCAAGAUGUAUCUUCUCCCCCCAAAUUAGACAGAUACAAAAUAGCAAGACAAUUAACAGAAAAAGCCAUUAAGGAAAAGAAGAUUUUCUCCAUCUAUGGACACUACCCAGUGAUCCGGGCCACACUACGAAGGAAGGGCUGGGUGGAGAAGAAGUUCCACUUCCUGCCCAAGAUCCUUCAGAAUAUGGAGAGCAGAGGUGAAGGGGUUACUGAUAAUAAAUGUGCUGAGAAAGAAAAUCAAGAAAUAGCCUUGGAAAAAAUAGAUGAUAUCCAUGAUGUGAUGUCUAGGUUGGUAAAGAAUGAGAUGCCAUACCUUCUCUGGACUAUCAAGAGGGACGUUGUGGAUUAUCACAGCCUGACCUGUGACCAGAUGCUAAACCACUAUGGGAAGACAGCAUCCUUCACCACCAAGAUCGGACUGUGUGUAAACAUGAGGAGCCUGCCAUGGUACGUCCAAGCGAACCCCAACUCCUUCUUUCCACGAUGCUAUGGCCUCUGCACUGAAAGUGAAAAGCAGGAGUUCUUGGACGAUUUCCGGCGCACAGUGGCUUCCAGCAUCCUCAAGUGGGUCGUCAGUCACCAGAAGUACAACAAAAAUGUGAUCAAGAGCAGGAAGGAGGAGGCCAAGAAUGAGGAAGCCAGAAAUGGAGACCCCAGCCCCAAGAAAGAUCCUGAGAAUGCUGACAAGCUCAAAGGCCUCUCUGGACAGCUUAUAGACACAGCAUGCAAGGUGUGCCAAGCCUACCUGGGGCAGCUAGAGCAUGAGGACAUUGACAUGACAGAGACUGGUGCCGAGAACCUCUCUGAAGAGGAGUGGGACAAACUGAUCCAGCAGUACUACUCCCUGGUCCAUGGUAAUGCUGUCAUCUCUGAUACAAGAAGUUACUUACCUCAGUGUCAGGCUCUGCUGAACAAAAUCACCUCUAUUAAUCCUCAGACGGAGAUUGACGGGAUUCGGAACAUCUGGAUCAUAAAGCCAGCAGCCAAGUCCCGGGGCCGAGACAUCGUGUGCAUGAAUCGUGUGGAGAGCAUCCUGAAGCUGGUGGCUGCAGACAGUCAGACCACCAAGGACAAGUGGGUGGUUCAGAAGUACAUAGAGACACCAAUGCUCAUCUAUGACACCAAGUUUGACAUCAGGCAGUGGUUCCUUGUCACAGACUGGAAUCCCCUGACCAUCUGGUUCUACAAGGAAAGCUACCUCCGGUUUUCCACACAGCGCUUCUCACUUGACAAGCUAGACAGCGCCAUCCACCUAUGCAACAACUCCAUCCAGAGGCGGCUUAAGAAUGACAAGGACCGCAGCCCACUACUGCCAGGCCACAACAUGUGGACCAGCUCCCGCUUCCAAGAGUACCUGCAGAAGAGGGGCCGCGAGGCUGUGUGGAGCACCAUCAUCUACCCAUCCAUGAAGAGAGCCAUCACCAAUGCCAUGAGGGUGGCCCAGGACCACGUGGAGGCCCGUAAGAACAGCUUUGAGCUCUAUGGUGCUGACUUCAUCUUGGGACGGGACUUCAAGCCCUGGCUGAUUGAGAUCAACUCCAGCCCCACUAUGCAUCCAUCCACACCCGUCACAGCUCAGCUCUGUGCCCAGGUACAAGAGGACACCAUCAAGGUUGUGGUGGACCGCAGGAUGGACCGAAACUGUGACAUUGGAAACUUUGAACUUCUGUGGAGACAGCCUGCUGUGGAGCUGCCCCCAUUCAGUGGGUCUGAGCUGUAUGUGGAAGGCAUCAGUGUGAAGAAAGCCAAGAAGCAAAUGCCACCCAUAACCAACCUCAACUUCUCAGAAUCAUCCUCAGACAUGCCACUCAAAGUGGGAAGCCCUCGGACCAUGCAGGAGCCAGCAGGUGGGCCCUCCCACACCAUCAUGCGGCAGGACUGGAAACGGGAAGACUCAAAGGUACUUUCUGCCGCCUGGCCUGAGUUGGUACUGGCCACUAAAAGGGGCUGUGGAGCAGAGCCCACCUUGGCGCUGUCUGCCAGUAACUACCAACAUGUAGGCAGUAAGGCCCCAAAAAGUAUUUUUACCAAAACUCAGUCCACUAGAUACUUGGAUACAGACUUGCUGAGCAUGCAGUCCCUGGCCCCUGUACUACAGAGCAUGAAGAUAGUGGAGUGGUCAAUGUCUCCACUGCCCAGAGCAUCAGGUAACAGUGGGAAGUCCUUACCUGUGUGUCCCAUCAUGUUUGGUAGCUGUUGGCUCUAUCCAGUCCUCAAAGAAGAAGGCCUGACUGUAUCUUCCAGAGCAGGGCACAGGGUCUGA